AUGUCUUCCCCCAACCCUGAGGAUAUCCUCCCCCAGGAGCCUGAGCCUGAGCCCCCAAGCGCCAAGAAGAAAAAGAAGAAAAGAAAGUGGCUGCAGCCAGAGGCCAGCAUCCAAACCCUCACCAGGGCUGGCCAUGGGGCCCUACAGGCCGGCCGGAACCAUGAGGCCUUGACCAGCUUCCAGAGGGCAUUCCUUCUGGCCUCCAAGACCCCACAGACCAGGGACACCCCUGUGCUCCGGGCCUGUGCCUUCAACCUCGGGGCUGCCUAUGUGGAGACGGGGGACCUAGCCAGAGGCCUUGAGCUGCUCCUUCGAGCCCAGCCUGAAGAGAAGGCACAGGGCAGGCAUCACGGUGAUCAGUGUUUCAAUGUGGCUUUAGCCUACCAUGCCCUCGGUGACCUGCCUCAAGCUUUGGCCUGGUACCACAGGGCCCUGGACCACUAUCAGCCACAGGGUGGCCAGGGGGAAGUCCAGGCAAAAAUGGGAGCCUGCUACCAGGCUCUGGGACAGCCUGAGCUAGCAGCCCACUGCCUGCAGGAAGCAAGCCAGGCCUAUGCCCAAGCAAGGCAGCCCCGGGCUGCAGCCCUGGCCUUGGGGGCUGCGGCAGGGUGUAUGCUGAAGAGCGGGCGGCAUGGGGUUGGUGAAGUUGUGCAGGUGCUGGAGGAGAGCCGGAGGCUUGCUGAGAGGAGCGCUGAGCAGGGACUGCUGGGGCACCUCUAUAAUGACCUAGGUCUGGGCUACUCCCAGCUCCAGCUGUUCCCGCUGGCCGUGGAGGCCUUCCUGCAGGCCCUGCCCCUGUGCCGGGGGCCAGGAGAGCAGGCCACGGUGCUAAGAAACCUCGGGAUGGCCCACAAUGCCCUCGGCAACUAUCAGGAAGCUCGGGAGUUUCACCAGAAGGCUGCUGACCUACAUGGCUCCAUGGGGCAGCGGUGGGAGCAGGGCCGGAGCUUUGGCAGCCUGGCAUUUGCAUUGAGCCAGCUGGAGGACCACAAGGCCGCCAGAGACAACUACCUGCAUGCCCUGCAAGCUGCCCGGGACACUGGGGACAUGAAGGGGCAGUGGCAGGCCUGUGAGGGGCUGGGGGCUGCUGCAGCCAGACUGGGGCAGUAUGACCAGGCCUUGAAGUACUAUAAGGAAGCACUGGCCCAGUGUCAGAAGGAGCCAGGUUCUGUGCGAGAACGGCUGGUGGCCAAGCUGGCAGAUGCCAUGAGGACCCACUUGGGCCAGGUGGGGCUGGUCCAGGCUCACACCCUGACCUCGGCUCCAGGAAGGCCCCAGGCUCCAGGCAGGGCCUGCCGCGCGGCAGGGACCCCAGCCAGGGUGCGAGGCAGCACAGCAGAAGCACAGCGAGGAUCUUCCGGUGGGUGGGAAGUCGAAGAGCUUGAGGCGGGCCCCGAGGAGAAAAAAGAGAAGGGGUCGGCGAAUGUUCUCGAGACUUCUGGGCCUGGGAGAAUGCAGCUGUGUUUCCUUUCAGGCACAGUGAGUCAUUCCCACCAUCUAGCUUCUAACUGGCCCAUGUUUACCAAGCACCUGCCCUAUAAAGGGAUAGUUCUUUACACAUCCUCUGUGUACAGUCCAGGACCCACGGUCCAUCUUCCAUUUGGAGCUCCAGGCCCUCCCAGAGUGGAGUACCCUGGCAUCCUGGUACCCAAUGGCUCCCAAGGCAAUAGGUCACCUGAAUGGCACAGGGAAACCCUCAGCAGGAGUCCCCAGAGGAAACCCACAGAAUCUGGCUUCUGUACAGUCAUGUGACCUCCCCGCUGGUGGCCAGAGCCCUCACC